AUGACCAAGAAAACCCAGAACUACUACCUUUUACCUGAAGAAGAUGAUCCUAUAAGGACAUGUCAAAGCAAGAAUUUUAUUGGGAAUGUCAUGGUGCUAGUUGCAAUGGCUAGGCCAAGGUUCAAUGCUGAUGGAGUAGAAACUUUCUCUGGAAAGAUAGGCGUGUUUCCUUUUGUCAAACUUCAGCCUGCUCAAAGGAGGAGUAGAAAUAGAGAAGCUGGGACAAUGGAGAUCAAACCAGUUACUUCAGUUAAGAGAGAUGAUGUUAGAAAAAUGUUUCUGGAAGAUGUUAUACCUAAGAUUCGUGAGAAAUGGUCUGUUGAAGAUGAAGGAAAAAUAAUCUUUAUUCAACAGGAUAACGCUAGAACCCAUGUGGCUCCAACUGAUACAGAUUUUCAACUAGAGGCUUCACAGAACGGAUUUGAUAUCAGACUGAUGUGUCAACCGCCUAAUUCACCGGAUAUGAAUGUUCUGGAUCUUGGUUUCUUUAGUGCAAUACAAGCACUACAACAUCAUGUUUGUCCUAAGAACACAUAA